AUGAUAUUUCAAAACAUAUUCACACGAAAAUCAAUUUUAAUUUUCUUCCUUUUAUUUGCGUUUUCAAGUUCAUAUAUUAACGCAGAAAGUUCUAAUGAACUUCAAGCUGUUAAAAGAGAUGUUUUACCCGAUUUUAACGUUCCUGUGGAGGGGAUAGAGGGAGCAGAAUUAGUUGGUGAUGCCGAGUCACAAUUAGUUAGAGUUGAAGCAGAAGAUCCUGAUCUUGUUGGAUCAGUACUUGAUAUCAACAUUAAAGAAGCUAAUAAAAUUCAAUCAGGAAUUAGACCAAGUUCACCAAUUAUGGAUAUAGAAGAAUCAAAAGCAUUAUUUCUUAGUAUAAUGAUGAUUAUUGUAUCAGAAAUAGGAGAUAAGACGUUUUUUAUUGCAGCCUUAAUGGCGAUGAAAAAUUCUAGAAUUAUAGUAUUUUCAGCUGCUCUUUGUUCAUUAAUACUAAUGUCGGUUCUUUCGGCUGUUUUAGGUUAUGCUGUGCCAAAUUUAAUUCCAAAGGAAUAUACAGACUUUCUUGCAGCAUUAUUAUUUUUAUGUUUUGGUCUUAAAAUGUUAUACAGUGGUUAUUAUAUGUCUGAAGAAGAAGCUCAACAAGAAUUAAAUGAAGUAACACAAGAAUUAAAAGAGAAGGAAGAAUUUGAUCUAAUUGAAACUGCCGAAGCUGGUGGUGUAGAUGAAGAAGUAAAUCAUUCUGGUUUUAAAGAUGGAUUAAUCAAUUUAUGCCAAUUUAUAUUUUCUCCCGUUUUUGUUCAAACUUUUGUACUUACAUUCCUGGGGGAAUGGGGUGAUCGUUCUCAAAUUGCAACAAUUGCCUUAGCUGCCGCUCAAAAUGUUUAUUUUGUAACUUUGGGAGUUAUUCUUGGUCAUAGCAUUUGUACGGGUAUUGCUGUCAUUGGAGGAAGAUUUUUGGCUGCAAAAAUUUCCGUUAAAUCAGUAACAAUUAUUGGUGGAUUGCUUUUCUUAGCAUUUUCAGUUUUAUAUUUACAUGAGGCAAUAUCAGUAUAA